GAUGGCUCCUCAGUCCUCACCCACCUUCCACUUCAAAGUACACGACGCGCACUGAACCCAGAGGAAGGUAAUGGAGGUGGUGGGUUUGUCUCUGAACGCAGCGCUGGUUCGAACACCCUUGUCGAAUUCUAGAGCAAGUGAAGAUGGGUUCAUUAAGCACUCGAUUUUCUCUACUCGAACCGUACCGAAGUCCCAGAAGAAGAGGGCGUUAGUGGUGGAGGCCAAGGGGAAAAGGGGCAUGCAAGGGCGUCAGUUCCAGCGUCAGCCUCCACCGUUGCCCAAGAUUGAGGACGAUGGCAACCCCAAAUUCGUCAUCUUCAUCCGCAUGGCCAAUGUUUAUCUUUGGUACCCACUGAGUCUGAUAACUGGGGGAACUACCGCAAAAAUCAUGGUUGCAGCAAAAGAUAAUUUUCUGGGAAAAUAUAUCUACAAAGACACAAUUGCAAGAAAUCUUGCUGCAGUUAUCUACAAAGAUGAGAAGGAGAUACAGAAGACAGCGUUUAGGCAGUAUCGUGUAUUGCGGUCAGCUAAAGAGUUCAGAUAUGGCUACAAACUUGUUGAAAAUAACAAUGUGAGAUCUGCACUUUCUACCACAGAUGUCAUUGAGGUGAGAAUUGAUUUUUGGGCAUUCAUUAUCUAAGAUUUUAGAAGUUUGCAAUAGAUUU